AUAGUAGAUCUGCCAUCGCCCUGCUGAAGCAACAAGCUGUACACACACACACACACACACACACACACACACACACACACACACACACACACACACACACACACACACACACACACACACACACACACACACACACACACACACAGGAUGAGGAAAUGAAGCAAGAGGAGUGACUUCACUCCUUUAUUGCUUUUGCAAAUAUCAGUGUGUUGAAGGCAGAGCCCUUUGCCCAGACAUAUCAGCGUGGCCUGGCCUGCAUCCGUAUCAGCUGAUGGUGAGUUAAUCACUCUGUCAACUUUAAUGUCUAUUCUUCUAUUUAAAGAACAACAGUCCACAGGUGGUGUUGCUGCUGUUUCUGUGCUUCAGUGUGAUUCAUGAAAGUCAGGAAAUGAAAGCUUCUGCUCGUGUUCAGAGCUGAUCCACUUCUCUGUAGUGGUUGUUGCUCGCUCCAGUUAAGCCAGUGAGACUUUGAUUGAGGCCACAGGUUGGUUAAUAUGUAACUCAGGAAAGGUGCAACCUUCAGCAGACGUUUGUUCAGCUCUGACUGUGGGACUGAUAGAGUAACCAGGAGCUCAGGAGUUUGUUUAUUAAACUGUCAGGACAGGGUAACUGGAGUUUGUGGAUGUUUUAAGUCACUUUUAUGAGGUUUAUUGAUCAGCUGUGACUGUGACAGCGCUGUAAUGGUGAGUGUUGUUCUUGUUUCACAUUUAAACCAGCUUUUACCUGUAAUAAUGUUAUUAUUCAUAAAGAUAUGAUUGAUAAUCUGCCUGUUUUAUCAUCUAUAGUGACUCUGUUCAGGUGUGUCCGUGUGUUUUUAUCAGGUUUACUCUGUGAACUUUGUUUAGAGAGGCUUUCAUGUGACUCUCACUCCGGCCUGGUCUGACUGCUGAUAAAGCGUUGCUUUUCCUGUUAACUUUACAGGAAGUGAGGUCGACACUGAAGGCUGUGACAGUAGAUAGAGAAGUUACCGUGCCUGAAUUUCACUUUUUAAAGUUAACCAUGUCCACCAUGUACCACAAUGUGGUGUAUGUAACAGUGAAUAAGGUCACAUAUGUACAGUGUUUUUUUCUUUUACUAUCUAUCUAUCUAUCUAUCUAUCUAUCUAUCUAUCUAUCUAUCUAUCUAUCUAUCUAUGUAUGUAUGUAUGUAUGUAUGUAUGUAUGUAUGUAUGUAUGUAUGUAUGUAUGUAUGUAUCUAUCUAUCUAUCUAUCUAUCUAUCUAUCUAUCUAUCUAUCUAUCUAUCUAUCUAUCUAUCUAUCUAUCUAUCUAUCUAUCUAUCUAUCUAUCUAUCUAUCUAUCUAUCUAGCUAUUAUUUUUUUGAACAUGUUUUUGUGUUUUGGGGAAAUCUUCGCCCUUCCUUGUAAAAGGUUUUUGCUUUUGUGAGAUAUCUUGUGUUUCCUAAAAUCUGGGGGGGAUUUCUUGGCUUGUGUGUGUGUGUAUGGGAAAUUUUUUUGCAAAUGAGUUUUAUAUUUUUGUAAAAAUUAUGUGAUGCUGGUUUUAUACACACACACACAUAUAUAUACAUAUAUGUGUGUGUGUGUGUGUGUGUGUAUUUUACAAGGCCUUCUGUGAAACAUUAUUGUAUGUUGCAAUAUAUUUAUUAUUUUUGUGAGGAAUUUUUAACAAAAAAAAUGUUUUUAAAGCAUUUUUAAAUAGCUGAAUGUUGCUACCUUCAUUUGACAACUCCACUUUUUUUAUGGCAUUUUUCUUUUAUCUGGAUCUUCUCCUCAUAUUUGUUGGCGUUAAUAAGUACAGCAUUUUACCCUAAUUUGACUAACUUUACUGUGACCUUCUAGAUAUGCGAUUGAUAUAUAUAUAUUGAUAUUCUUGAAUUCAAUUGUUAAUAAAUUUUAUGUAAUCAUCACAAAAAGAAAAACAGUAAAAAAAUAAACCUCAUCUCCUCAUCUUCAUUCAUCUCUGACUUCUUUCUGUCUUCACCUCGUCUCCUCAGGCUGACCCAUACCCUCAGACGCCGGCCUCUGGCUCGGCGAAUAAAAUGGACCAAGUCCAAAGUCAGGUGAAUGAGGUGAAAGUCAUCCUGAAAGACAACAUCACUAAAGUUCUGGAGAGAGGAGACCGACUAGAUGACCUGAUCGGCAAGACAGAUGACCUGCAGGCUUCAGUGAGUAUCAGGACUUCAUUUACAGUCAGAUUUACAUUCAUAUUCAAAGCUGUUAUUAUACCAUAAUGAGUGUACUUAAAUUAGAGUACCAUGUAUUUACUAUAGUUGACUUCUUCUUAUCAGGGUCAGAUUGUAAAUCAUACAGGUAGUGUACCGGUACAGGUUCUCUUAGGAUGCUUGCCAUAUUUGCUUCAGUGUUUUUCCACCUCUGCAUCUGUCUGCUCACCCCUCCCAUGAACAGCAGGCAGCCUAUCAGAGCUUACUGCAGUGAUGAUAAAGUCAUAAAGUGAGAGGCUGCAGAUCCUCCACAGAAGAUACAUUUCCUGAUUUCCUGACACCUUCAUGUCACCCCCCCCCCCCCCCCUUUUUUUUUUAUCGACAUCGUUGGUAGAUUGCGUCUGUCCCCGUGUCCAUUGUAGUCAAUAUCCUUUACCUUUCCUCAUCGAGGGCAGAGAGGAAGAUCAACAUCCUAACCUCCACUGUUCAACCAAGAACCAGAAAUAAAAAAUAAAAAAAACUAGGAAACCACCAAACGAAAAUAUUUACAAAUGUGCUGAGGGUAACAAAAAAAAAAAAGGAAAAUAUAACCGAUGGAGAGAGGAGUGCCUAACUCAGAAUUUCUGUAAAAGCGCUCUACGUUAGAGCAGGGGAGCCAGCUGGAUCAUACAAAAUCUGCUCUUAAUGGGGUGAUAUGUGUUAUCCAUUUGUUCCAAAUUUGAUAAAAUUUAUCCUCCUGUGUUCUUAUCUGGUAAGUGAGCUUUUUCAUUCUAAAGAUCUCCAAGACUAUCCCAUGCCAGUCUCCCAGCUUGGGCGGGAUCAGUUUAACCAUCUUCUAGUGAUCGAUUUUUUGGUGGCUACCAAUAAUACCUGUAUCAGUUUUGUAUCUCUCGACUGGCUCAGGCAUUCGACCCCUCCUAGAAACAAGGUAGCGAAAUCAGAGGGUAUUUGAGUAUUGAACACUGAGCAUAGUGAUCUGUGGAUACUUCCCCAGAAAACUGUUAAUUUAGGGCAUUCCCAGAAAAUAUGAAAGUGACCAGCUCUUUCCAAACCACAUUGUCUCAAACAUGGCCUAUUAUCCCCUCUAUAUCGUUCCUGGUACAGAGUUUUAAAGUAUCUGAUAAUAUUCUUCCACCAAUGUUCUCUCCAGUCCAUGGAGCCUGUAGAGGUCGACUGGAAUUCCCAGAUCCCCUUCCACAUCUCUUCCGAAAUCACUAUCCCAGCAUCCCUUUCCCAUCUUUCCUUAAUGAAUAGUGUUGAUCCAUUCCCAGCCUAAAAAAAGAGCAUUGUACAAUGCUGAAAUAGAUUUUCUUGGUGUUGAAGUUUGGGCUGAUUUAAAUCUUCGAUAAAACUCAGAUUCGGCUACUGUCAAGUCUCUUUAGUUACACUUUUGAUUAAUAAAGUGCCUCACUUGAAGGCAUCUGAAAAAAUCAGUCCUCCCCAGGCCACAUUUUUCCUGUAAUGACUGAAAACUCAGAAUUUCAUUCCUAUCUAUGCAUGUACAUUUACUGAUUUCCAUUCAGUUUCUUUGCUGCUGAUCAAAAAGCACUAGUACACUUGAGAAUAAAAGCACACUGGACAAAGACAGACAAAUAUUAAAAUAAAAGCAUGACAAACAGUCUUCUUUAUAAUCUUUUCCUUUGAGGGUUUGGUCACAGUGCAGGCAAUGUGAAUUAGCCAAAAUUUCAACAUCAUUAAAAAUGAAUGAAGUAAUGUGUUGCUUCACUCCUGCCUUGCCUUUCAUCAGUUUGACUGUGUUGUUACAUUUCCAAAUUUUCCACAGUGAUCAUGAGAUGAAACUCUGUUGUUGUCAACGCCAUAACAUUAAAUUAAACAUGUUGAAACAGCUAAAAAUAUCAUUAUAUGGAACCUUAAUAAGAUCUGCUGCUAAUUUUUUGGUAACUGGCGACUACAGCACAUCUUAGAGAUCUAGUGGAGUCCAGUUUUCUUCAGGUCUGAGCUGAUCUAACAAGUUAGAGCAGAGGUUCUCCUGGUGAGCUUGCCAUCUUUGGUUAGGUUUGGUUCCACCUCUGCAGCCUUAUCCAUUCGGACACAGUCAGUCGAUCAGAACAGGGCUCAUUAUUACAGCAUCUGCAGCGAUGAUGAGGUUAGGAACUGAGAGGCUGCAGCACCUUCAGAGGCUGAAUUUGUGACGUUAUGGUUGAUGGGUUUAAAAUAAUGCUUUGUUCCUCCAGAAAUAGAUGUGCAGUCGUUGGAGGUUUUUGAUUUUCUUUUUCGUCAUUUCUCCAGGCUGAUUCGUUUCAGAGAACAUCCCAGCGAGUCGCUCGGAAAUACUGGUGGAAAAACAUCAAAAUGAUGAUAAUCAUCGGCGUGGUUGUUCUGAUCAUCAUCAUCCUGAUCAUCCUCGCUGCCACAAACGUUAUUUAAAUUAUCAAUACUUAAUCUUCUCCCGACUCAGGACUAAAAGUGAUAAUCUUCAAACAGGUUUCAUUUACCUCAUAAUUUCAACAGAUGUGUCACAUUUCUAGACAGAAAUGUGUAAAUUUUGAUACACAUGAUUUUAUAACUGAUGCUGGUUAUUAAUUGAUGUUUUUUUUUUUUUGUCUCUGAAGAGAUCUAAAAUUGUCAAACGUGACUGAAAUGCUUCUUUAAACACUCCAACAGUCAUUAUAACGUGACCACUCUUUAACAUUUAACAAAAUAUCACAAACUCAGAAAGUGUUUCAUUGUUUUUAUUGUUGCAUUUCAUAGAUUUUAAUUACCUGUGUAUAUACUGAAUGUCGUCAACCUCUGUAAUAACACAUGUAUUAUAAGACUGAUGGUUAUAAUAAGGAGGAUAAACUGCAACAGAGCAUUUUUUUCUACCACAUGACUGUAUAUAUGUGUGAUUUUUUUUUUUCAAACCAAUCUACUGUUUUUCCGUCAUGAAAUAAACGAAGCGAUUCACAAGAAGCAGAAGAGAACAAUAAAUACAAAAACAGGGAGGGGUGAGAAGAACGCAAACAGCUGGGAUCUAAAGAAAGGCAAAAAACACCAAAAAAUCCCCAAAGGUUUAAAGAUACAACAAAUACUCCGGUAAGUUUAGAGGACAAUGUUUUGUAGGUCAAAGUGCUCCUGGUUUUUUUUCUUACAAUCAGCUUUUGCUGGAUAGCAUCAUCUCUGGGGCCAACGCCGCCUUUCAUCACUCUGACACCUGUGGAAAACAAACAGAGACUAAUCAAUCCAAGAGGACAGAGAGAGAAAGAGUUCAUAAAAUAAAAAAUAAAGGAAUCCCCCGUGUUUAUUAUGUCCAAUGUCAAAGAAAAAGCAACUGAGAACAAUUAUUUUACAGUUAAAAAAAUUAGUUAGUCCAUAAGCUAGAAAUCCUGAGGUGCAACAAAUGGAAGAAGUCAAAAUACUAAAUGGAAGAAACCUUCGAUCGGUCAAAAAAUACACAUUAAAGAAAGCAUUACAUGUACGGUUCUGCAAAUGUAGCCACACUUUGAUUCUGCUUUGUUUUACAUAAAAAAGGUUAUGAGAAGAAAAUUUGUUACAAGAAAAUUAACAAAAGAGGAGUCUCUUCCAUCGCUGUCAGUAACACAAACAAGAGCAAUACAAGUACACAACGUAAAAGCACUUUAUCCCCCAACACAGUAGCAUCCAGGUUUUAGCUCAUGGACUACUGGCUACAAGAGCUAAAUAAAGAAACAAGCAUUUAAGAUUAAGAUUAGGAGUGCAUAAGAUUAACAACUGGAAAGUCCAGAGAAAGCUGUACGUAUCCUUUGAAAAGCAAAUAGUUAAUUUUAUUCAUUGUAUUUACAGAUUACUUGUGGGGGAGUAAGGGCCUGUAAAAAAUGACAAUUACAUGUGUAUAGUUUACGUUUACAUUACAAACAGUUGCAAACAACUUAAAAUGGAAAGAAAGAUGACAAAGCUGGACGUGUCCCAUAUUGUUUUUAGAUUAGAAAUGCUGAUACAGGAUGUUGUAAGACCAUACCAAAUGGCAGCAUUCGAGAGCGUAUGCUUCUCGUACCCGGUCCGCAUUGAGCGGGCCCUGAGAGUAUCUGGGAGUCAGCUCAUGGCCUGCAAGGAAGCUCCGCUGGCAGGUACAAACAAGGUAUGUCAGAGUUAGGAGACAACAUACUUCCUUUUCUGUUUCCUUGCACAUCCUUAACUUUGGUAGUAGCAGUACUUUACCUGUUAACUUUACACUUAAAAAAAAAAAAAAGAAAAGAAGGUGCAAAAGAGGCAGCAGAAGGCCGGCUGUUAAAAUAAAUCGCCACAAAGAGUGUAGCCUCUAUGUUACCACUACUGUAAAGAAAUUUACAAGAAUUACACAUUAAGUUACCAAAACAGCAAAGUAAAUAAAACUACUUUAAGUUUACAGUAA